AAAAGCCACAAGUACAUCAGCUGAGGAGCGCAGAGGUGGAACACAGAGCAAAGUCAAAAACAAGAGGAAACGGCAGCACAAAGACAGAGGAGGAAGACGCUUGAGGAGAUUUAUUACUGACUGGAACAGAAAGACACAACAAUGAGACACCCAGCUGGAGAGGAGAGGUGAAUCACAUUAGAAGUCAAACAUUAUUUGUAAGCAGUAGCAAGACUGCAACAGUAUUGGACACCUGAGAGGACAAGCUGGGAGGCAUCUGAAAAAGUCAUUCCCCCGUGAAGCCACGUGUUGCUAAUCUGCUGCUGCUGCUGCUCAUGCUUCAAGCGUUACACUGUGGGAAGUUGGAGGCUAUUAAAGUGAAGUGACAUUAACUUACUGAAGCCAGUCUUGCAGAAAGAUGGCGGGAGAUAAACACAGAUAACUGGAGGAAAAAUAUUGAAUCUUCAGCCUCACAUCAAGGCAAAAAUCUUUUCAUUUGUGACAAAAAUCCUUUUUCUAAUAAAUAAAGAAACCAUCAAAGUCGAACAAUGGCAUCCUACAGUGAAGCCCCGACGCAAGAGGCGACUAACGGUGGCCCCCCGUCAUUGAAGUCUGAAGACUCAGAAGAGUCCAUGAAGCUGAAGAAGGAGAUUUCCCUCCUAAAUGGGGUCUGCCUCAUCGUGGGGAACAUGAUCGGCUCGGGGAUCUUCGUGUCACCCAAGGGCGUCCUCAUCCACAGCGCCUCUUAUGGCCUCUCUCUGGUGGUGUGGACCAUCGGUGGGAUCUUCUCCGUGUUCGGGGCCCUGUGCUACGCCGAGCUGGGGACCACCAUCACCAAGUCCGGGGCCUCCUACGCCUACAUCCUGGAGGCCUUCGGGGGUUUCCUGGCCUUCAUCCGUUUGUGGACCUCCCUACUGAUCAUCGAGCCCACCAGCCAGGCCGUCAUCGCCAUCACCUUCUCCAACUACAUGAUGCAGCCCAUCUUCCCCACAUGCAUAGCUCCAUACCUGGCCAACAGGCUGCUGGCUGCUGCUUGUAUAUGCUUGCUGACCUUUGUGAACUGCGCCUAUGUGAAGUGGGGCACCAGGGUCCAGGACAUCUUCACCUACGCCAAAGUUAUCGCUCUCAUCGCUGUCAUCAUCACCGGCCUGGUCAAGAUUGGACAAGGUCACACUCAGAACUUCGAGGGCCUGUUCGAUAACUCAUCUCAGGACCCCGGACACAUUGCUCUGGCUCUGUACUCAGCUCUGUUCUCCUACUCUGGAUGGGACACUCUCAACUUUGUCACAGAAGAGAUCAAGAACCCUGAAACCAACCUGCCUCUGGCCAUCGCCAUCUCCAUGCCCAUAGUGACGGUGAUCUACAUCCUGACAAACGUGGCUUACUACACCAUCCUCCCCAUCAAUGCCAUCUUAGACAGUGAUGCUGUAGCUGUGACGUUUGCAGACCAGGUGUUUGGUGUUAUGAACUGGACCAUUCCCUUGGCUGUGGCUCUUUCUUGCUUCGGUGGACUAAACGCCUCCAUCUUGGCUGCCUCCAGGCUGUUCUUCGUGGGCUCCAGGGAGGGCCACCUGCCUGACUACCUGUGCAUGAUCCAUGUCCACCGUUAUACUCCUAUCCCCGCCCUGCUCUUCAACGGCUUCAUGGCUCUCAUAUACCUGUGUGUAGAGGAUGUCUUCAGACUGAUCAACUACUACAGCUUCAGCUACUGGUUCUUUGUUGGUCUGUCCAUUCUGGGGCAACUAUAUCUACGCUGGAAGGAGCCAGACAGAAAGAGACCCCUGAAGCUCAGUCUGUUCUUCCCCAUCGUUUUCUGCCUCCUCACCGUCUUCCUGGUGGUGGUGCCUCUCUACAGCGACACCAUCAACUCUCUGAUCGGCAUCGGCAUCGCCCUGUCAGGAGUUCCUGUUUACUUCCUCUGCUGCUACACUCCAGCCCAUAAAAGACCGCUGUGGCUACGGAGCUUCAUUGCUAAAUCUGGCAUAUUAAUUCAGAAAGUGUGCUUCUCUGUUCUGACGGAGAUGGACACUGACAAGGCAGAGUAGAAACGUCUGAUUUUCACAUCCUGCCGGACACCGACAGCCUCGAGCAUCAGACUGAAGUCACCUCGGCCAGUCGCUUCUGCAUCGAGGCCUCAGCGUGGACGAACAUCUGGGCUUGAGCUGGACCCAGCUCUUCGACCUGCCAAUCAUCACCCGGUGAUAAUGUUAAUGAAUGUGUGAAUGACGGCACACGGGUGCUUGUUGGGAAAACUAACUGACCACCACUUCAGAGUGAACAUUUCAAUGCACUAUGGAAGAAAUCAUCACUGGUUUCUAUUACAGAACUGCACGUAUUAGCAGGGAAUUAUUUAAUUGAUAUGCCACACAAGCAUGUUGUGUGAAAUUACAACCAUGUAAUGCCUUUUUGAUAUUACUAGAAGGCGAUAAAUUAUUAGUAUAGUUAAAUUGUUGAAGAGCAUGACAUUGUUGACACUGAAAGCACAGCUGACCAUAGAAACAGCCUUCGUAAUAAUGCACAAAAAAACAAAUAAUAAAAGACAAGACAAUGAAAUUCUAUAUUCACUCAUCUAGGGGAGAAAUUUCUCUACAGGUUUUAGCUGCAAUGUGUAGUGAAGUGCUAUUUUUCACAUUUGAACUCAUUCUUCUGUGGUGUCUGACUCAAACACUGAGUUUGAAACAGGUGAGCUGCAAACACGUAUUUAUAAUAAAAUGACUUGUUGACAACAUAA